CAUAUGAGUGUCUUGCAGUCAAAUUAUGUGGGAUGAAACGAAGUUAGUUGAACGGUGGGAGGUAGCUGAUAUAGGGAUGAAUUGACUGACAAGUGGAUGACGAGGAAGAUAGGCAGACGAGGAAGACAGAGAGACAGACAGAUGAGCAAACAGACAGACAGACAGACAAACAUGAUUCUUACGCCUCUCGUCAGAGGAGGGCGGCACGACAUCAAGAACAUGAAGGAGGUGUAUCAGGAAUUCCUAUCGGGGAGUGGGAGGAGCUUGUCUGUUUGGAUGACUCCCUUGCUGCAAAAUCCACUAAAGGAAACAAAGAGGCCCAUCGUGCAGCUCCUCUACGGCUUGUGUGUUGUGGAGAGCUAUCAAGGACCUCUAGAGUUCUUACCAGCGCUGGUCUGGCUCCAUCUACAGCAGAUACAGCUAGGAAACUGACGUCAAAACAUCCUCCUAGGGUCAAUAGUAUCGAUUUAUUAAACACGUCCCACAGUGCAGCUAUCAAUUUGUCUGAAAAUGUUUUCUAUGAUACAGUACGGAGAACUCCUCAUGGGUCUGGUGUUGGACCUUCUGGAUGGCAUUUGAACACUUUAAAGUAUUGAUUGAUAAUGAGAACACAGCAAAAUGCCUUUUCUCUGCAUGUUCAGCUAUAGCUAAGGGUAUACUGCCUCCUGAAAUUGCCAAGCUUAUGUCAUCAUCCAGACUGAUUGCUCUUCCUAAGUCUAAUGGAGAUGUUCGUCAUAUAGCUGUUGGAGAUGCACUUCGUCGUCUUACUGCUCGAGCAAUUUGUGUACAGAAGAAAGAAACGUUUGCUGAUUAUUUUACACCUAUUCAGCAUGGAGUCUCAACACAGAACGGUACUGAGCUUUUACUCACCACAUUGGUCUGAUGCUAGAAGUUAAUCAAGAUUGGAUCGUUCUCAAGUCAGAUGUUCGCAAUGCUUUCAAUUCAGUCAGUAGGUGUGAUAUGUUAAACAAAGUGUCUAAGGCCUUUCCUGACUUGUUCAGACACAUUCAACAAAUGUAUGGUCACUCUAGCUCUCUUAUAUAUUUACAAGGAUCAUCAUCAAUUGUCAUUCCAUCUCAAGAAGGAGUCCACCAAGGCGAUCCACUAGGACCAGUUCUUUUUGCAACAACAAUUCAUCCUAUUUUAUCUGAAAUACAAAGCAACAUCCCUGAAGUCGCUUGCAUACUUGGAUGAUGUUUUCUUGCUGGGUAGUCCUGACAAAGUGCUUGCAGCUUUCAAUAUGCUCAAAAAAUCUUUUUCAACCAUCACUUUGUCUGUCUCUGAAACCAAGUGUGAGGUUUUCAGUCCCAAUGUUACUCAUCUCACUGGCUUUGACGGAAUUCCUGUGAGUCAUGAUGGUUCGAUUUUCUGGGUGUACCAGUUGGUACAUCUAGCUUCGUGUCUACAACGUGUGUUAAGGCUGCACAUUCAGGGGACCAACUUUGCGACCAACUCAAGAAAUUAGAAGAUCAGCAAAAGUUCAAUGCUACUUCUAAGACAUUGUCAUAUUCCUAGACUUGAUCAUUUGGCUAGAUCUGUGGAGCCUACCUUGCUAUCUGAAGCUAUGUCCAUCCAAGAUUUUCAGUCACGAAAAACAUUUGUUCAUCUUCUUGGUGAAACAUUUGUGGAUGAUCAGGUCUGGAAACAGGCAUGUCUCCCUAUUCGUAUGGGUGGAUUUGGUCUAACCCCGCUAUCUUCCAUCUCCGGUCCUGCUUUUGUUGCUUCGUGGUCCCAUACCAUAUCUGAGCUACCAUCUCGUUUCCCACAUCUGAAAGUCAUCAUGGACAAAUUCACUUGUGAUGCAUCUAGCCCCGUUGGACAUGCUUUUCGAGCAUACCUUCCAACCAACAAGAAGAUCUCAGAUUACAAAGGAAUUAAAAAGCUACAACAUCAAUUGUCCAUUUCUAAUUUCAAAGAAGAUUUCCAGCACUUGGUUGAUGCAGCUCCAACUGCAAGAGAUGAAGCAAGGUUUCGUUCCCUUCAAGGAAAGAGCGCAGGCGCAUGGUUGCAUGCACUACCAACUUCAUACAGUAUCGCACUCAACCCUUGUGAAUUUUGCUUGGCGUGCCGUUUGAGAUUGGGUCUGCCUAUCACCAUUUCAAAAUGGGUAGAGUCUUGUAAUUGCAAUGCAUCACUAGACGACAGUGGAUACCACUUACUUACCUGCAAGACAGGGGGAGGCCCUAUUUGGUCCCAUGAGUCUAUUGCAGUGUGGUUGGAGUACCUUAGAAGUCUACGAAUUCACCAUUGUCGUGAGCCAAGAAACAGGUAUACUAACUCUGGAUGUAGACCUGACAUUAUCAUGUUUAAUGCUGAGUCGGGCGCUAAUAUUAAUCUUGACAUCUCGUUGGCACACCCUUGGAGCUCAGAUGUUUUCCCAAGCUCUGCUGAGGCAACAGGGGUUGCAGCUAAUCGAAGAGAAACCAGAAAGAUGGCCAAGUACGAACAACACAAUCUGCCUGGAGGCUCGGUAGUCAAAGUCGUUCCACUGGUUAUGGAACAUUUUGGAUCAUGGGGAGAAGAGGCAAGAAAAUUUUUGCAGAAACUAGCAGCCUUUUCAUCAGAUGAAGCAGGAAGACCUAAUGCUGUGGAAUUUUUAGAUUUUUGGAGAAAAAGAUUCUCCGUACAAUUACAGAAGUGUAAUGUUAAAGUCAUAGCUAAGAAACUUAGCAUGUUGUGCGGUGGGUCUGAGAGGCCUGACUCUCUCUUGGCACCCAAUUUUUUCCUCGUUAGUCUUAGUUAUAUAUAAGUGUUUAGUUUGCUGUAAUGUUAGCUUUCAAUGAACAUUAGUCUAGUUGUAUUACUGUAGGUCUUUGCAGAAUUGUAUGGUAGUUUGAUGUAAGAAAUAAAUGACAGACAAACAGACAGACAAACAAACAGACAGACGUAUGGACGAAGAACGUAUUGAAUUGAAGAGACACACAAUGGAUUAGCUAAUACAGAUGGACAAGUUGUUACACAAGCUCGGCUCUCGACUUUGUGUUUCUCAUUUCUUUAUCAUCUUGUUUCACAUCAUACAUCAUCUACA